UUUCAGCCCAAAAACUCUUGAAAAUGGCUGAUCGAAUGACCCAACUACAGGAUAUGAUUAACGAAAUGGCCGGAUUAAUGACAAAUGCGAUUGGAGUGCUCCAGGCGACUGCUCCGCCAUGUGAAUUUGGAGCAAUUUCACAGGAGCUUGAGGAUGAGCCAAAUUGCGCGAUUUUUGCCGCUGGAAUUGCAAAAGCCGCUAAAAAUAUUGAGAUCCUCAUCGACUCAUUCCCAAUCGAAGCGGGCAACCAGGAAGCGGAAGUCGAGGAGAAAAUGAUAAAAAACGACGAAAAGCAGCGAGAAAAAGUGAAUGAGCUCGUCGGACUCGUCGGCGACAGCAAUCGGCUCGUCGGAGUUGUUCAGAAGAAGCUUGCCGAGAUUUCAAAGACACAAAUGAGCUCGAGACCCAGUGAAUAAUUAUUAUAUUUUGCCGAUUUUUGCCGAUUUUUUAUUGUAAUUUUCAUCAUUUUUCCAUUAUUUUGGGCCGAUUUUCUGGUAAAUUGAGAAAAAAAAAUCAAUUUUCUAGUCCAUUUCCUCUUGACAAUUCUUUAAAAUCCAGAAAAAAUUGCCUAAUUUGCUGUGAAAAUUUCAAUUUCAUAUCGAUUUUCAUGUUUUUUUUCCAUGUUUUCAGCCGAUUUCCAUUUUUUUUUGUGAUUUUUCCUUAAUUUUUCGAUUUUAAAUCAACUUUUUUUCCAUUUAAAAUCGAUUUUUCAUCCCUUUUUGCCCCUGAAAAUAGUUAAAUUCUAAUUAAUUUUCCCCUAUUUUUCUUGAAAUUUUCGAUUUUUCUCAUUUAAAAUCGAUUUCCACCACUUUAAAUAAUUAGAAAUUCCCAGAGAAAAUUGAUUUUCAUAGCAAAAAAUUAUUUUGGGCCGAUUUUCCCGGAAAAUUGAGAAUUCUAAAUCAAUUUUCUAGUCCAUUUCCUCUUGAAAAUUCCUUAAAAUCCAGAAAAAAUUUUGCCUAAUUUUCCGUGAAAAUUUCAAUUUCAUAUAAACUUUCAUGACUUUCUAUUAAAAUUGGGAUUUUUCCCAUUUAAAAUCGAUUUUUCAACCCUUUAAAAUAUGUCAAUUUUAAUUUAUUUUCAUUCAUUUUUUCCCAUUCAAAAUUGAUUUUCUACCCUUUUUUCUACUGAAAAUUUGCUAAAUUUGAAAAAUUGUGGGUAAUUUAUCUUUUUUUUUUUAAAUUUUUUUCCUCAAAAAUAAUCAUUUUUAAUUCAAUUUUCCCCCAUUUUUCUAGAAAGUUGCCAAUUUUUCCCCAUUGAAAAUCGAUUUCCACCACUUUAAAUAAUUAGAAAUUCCCAGAGAAAAUCGAUUUUUUUUCAAAUUUUUCCCUUGAAAAUUCCAAAAUUUCUUAAAUUUCGAAAAACUGUGAUCUCUUUUUCUUUUUAUUUAAUUUUUAACUGUUUUCUGUAUUUUUGCCCAUUUUUUACACUUUUCCCCCAGAAUUUGGGUAUUUUUAAAUUUAAAAUUUGAUUUUUUU